GCGGAUGAGAAUAGUAGAAAUGGGGAACAUUGUUGGAAAUGUUGUAUCAUCAGUCACAUCAGCGACUAUAACUCUAUUGGUUAGGAUUAUUCUCCCCCUCAUAUUUACAUUAGCUAUUAAUAAUCCAAAAACAACGAAAAAUAUUAAAUCGAAGUAUGAUUAUAUCGUUGUAGGGGCAGGAGCAGCAGGUUCUGUGAUAGCAGCUCGGCUUUCUGAAGAUCGUUGUGUAUCAGUACUUCUUCUUGAAGCCGGUCCAAAAGCCCUUCCAAUUACAGAAGUGCCAGCCCUUCAAUUUUUCAGUCAAAAUAGCCCUAAUGAUUGGGGAUAUAAAACUGUACCCCAAAAGAGAGGAGCCCUGUUUCUACAUAAUCGUGUAAGUGAAAAUAUUUCAAAUAACUAAAUUUAAGUUGUAUAGCUAGUUAUCCGCCAGUAUCCUCAUACGAGUAAUUGCCUAUUAUACAGUUUUUUUCUCAAUCCCUUUUUCAGAAAAGAUGAGGAAACUGGCUGCACAAUUAAUAUUACUGUUUAAUUU